UGCACAAACUACAUAAGAGUUACAUGCAGAAUGCAUGCUACAAAAUGUGAAUGCUGUUCGUAUCAUAUGAGUGUACAAGGCAACCAUGUGAACUAUCGGGGGAAUACUGCGUGAGGAAAUAAGUAUGUUUCUCAUUAAUACAUAUCUCUAUAUAGCGAACUUAUUAAAGAUAUAAAAAUAAGAUCUCAAAUAGUUUAGCAUGACCUACAUUUCUAUCGAAGCCACGCAAGUUUCACGGUCGAUAAGACUCAUUGACUCAUCGCGAGUCAAGAUUAAACUUUAAUAUAUCAGCGUGGUUACAAACCGAAAGUUGUUUAAAGUAAAGUAGUUUUUAAAGUUAAGAUGGAUGAAAAAGCGCGAAUUUUGCACACCAAUUUGAAAACAUAUAUAAAGGAUGAAAUAGAAACAGGAAGUGACCAAUACCACGCGUUUGUGGAGAGUAUGAAAGGAUAUGGCGUCCCCAAAGGAAGAUUAGCAAACGCCAAAUCAUUGUAUGACAAAUUUGUGUUGUUGGAAAACGUCGGUAAACUUGGUGUAGGGAAUUAUGACAGCCUUCGCCAGAUGGUUAAAAGUAGCGGACUUGACGAACUUCUACCGAAAAUAAACGAGACGGACAAUGAAAUCAAGAAGCUGCGGGCUGUUUCAGGUGAAAGUACGGGCCACAUUGCCCGGAAACGGCAGCAUGACCAUUCAACAGGAGACGCAAGACUCCCAGAGGCGAAGCAGUCCCGUGUUGAAGCAGAAAUUACUGACCAAGAAUUAUCUCUCAUAUCCAACUAUGUGGGAAUAGAAUGGCAGAGGCUCCUAAUUGAUUUGAAGAUAACACAGACCAAAAUUGAUCACAUCCGGGAUGAUCAUCCAUAUCAUGUGCAAGACCAGAUUCGCCAUGGAUUGAUGAUGUGGCGUGAUCAAGACAUGAACAAAGGGAGACCUCGAGACAGUCUUAUACGGGAGCUAAUCGAUGCGGCAAAAAAAGUACACAAUGCAGAUCUGGAAGAGAUAUUACAUAACAUAUUAGGUAGAACAAGGGAGGAUCCAAAAUGAACAUUUUUUUCCUCAGGCAGUAACAGUGUUUAGUGUCAUAUACAAUAUCAUUGUAAUACCUACAUACCAGAUGUUAUUUUGGAAAUGUCAUAUUUUUAGCUCAUCUGAGCACAAAGUGCUCAACGUGAGCUCUAUGUCCAGCGUCUGUACAGACGUCCGGGAUUUGCGUCAACAAUUGUUUAUAAACAUCAUUUUCUUUAACACGCUUGGACAAUUUUCCUUUAACUUUAUAGGAAUGAUCCUUUGUUGGUGCUCUUUCAAAAUUGUUCAAAAAUAAUAGAUCCAUGCAGAUCUCUGGUUGCCAUGGAAAAGGAAACACCACAAAACUUUUUUUGACAAAAACAUGAGGCCUAGAGCUUAGACAUUAGGUGUGUAACUUUGACUAGUGGAUGCCUAUAAAUUUUGUUCAAAUUAUGCCCCUGUGGUCAAAAUUAGCCACACCCCGUGGGUUACAAGUUCACUAUAAAUACAUUUUGUUUAAAUCUGAUAUUUAUGUAAAGUUUACUCUUGAAGCAAGGACAGCAAGUCUUGCAAUAUAUUCUCCCUUUCUGUUGGAGAUUAAAUGCUAUUUUUAGAAACAAG